UUUAUGUUCGCGGUUUGCGCGAUGAUCUCCUCACCACGAAUACUUUCCCUUUUACAGUAAAACUAUGCGAGUUAGCUACAAGCGAUAACGUAAAACUACCGAGAAAUACUCCAUUUUCUCUCUACCGGGAAAUUAGAUUCCCCUCAAUAUUUUCUCUUUUACAGUAAACCGCUUUCCUGGAAAAUGGUUGUUCCCGCGCAGGCGCCGUGACCUUUGACCGAUAAAAAUCAAUAAAUCACCUCUGCCAGAUUUUCACAAGUGUCCCGAUUUUUCCUGCUCCGGACGACUUUGCUUGGCUGCAGCGAUUCUUGAACGUUACAUGACAUUUUACAAAAAUAUCAGGUGACACAUCUAGUACUGGAUCAUCUGACAAUGCUGUCGAUGCCAUUGAACAACUGUCAUUCCCAGCUGUGAAAUUGAACUCAUGUCUCAUGAACUUUGCCAAGACACAGGAUUUUUUACUGUACCUGUGUAAGAUGUUACACUAAGAAACUUGGAUGUAAAUGAAACAUUGUAUUUUCUUUUGCAACAAUAUUGAGAGAAAACACCAAAGGUGCCGCUAUGUUUACUCACACUUUCGGAUACAAAUUUAGGGGAUCGAAUCAUCUCCUGUAACUUAUACUGGCAGUCCCUUCAGUUGGAAGUAUCAAGUACUGUUCAACUUACCUCAGUCACUCAUGUUAGGUCCAAGCCACACCUACAACUUGGCAAUGGAUGAGACAGAGGCCCCAGAAAUGACAGCACUUCAAGAUGGGCUCUCAGAGCAAAGCAAAGAAAAGGCUCAAGUGGAACUGAAUGAACAUGCCCAACAUCUCCAUAACGACAUCCAGGCUGUGCGGGACAUGGUCAUCACCAGGCCAGACAUCACCUUCCUCAGGUCUGAUGACAGCUUUGUACUCAGGUUCCUGCGAGCAAGAAAGUUCAGCUGGGUCGAGGCAUUUAUGCUGUACGCACGUUACUAUGAGUAUCGUCAAAAGCAUUCCGUCAUGUUUAAACACUGCACACUUGAGAACCCUGGAGUACAACAGGCACUGCUGGAUGGCUUUCCUGGAGUGUUGGAGGAUACGGAUCACUUUGGCAGGAAGAUACUGGUGUUCUACCCUGCCAACUGGGAUGUCACAAGGUACUCCAUAGAACAUGUGUCGUUGGCCAUCCUCCUGUCCCUAGAGCAGAUGAUCCAGGACCCAGAGGUACAGGUGCAUGGCUUCGCUAUCAUUGUGGACUGGAGCCAGUUCAGCUUCCGCCAGGCCGCCAGGCUGUCCCCUGCACAGAUGAGACUUGUUAUCGAGGGGCUUCAGGACAGCUUCCCAGCUCGUUUUGGAGGCAUCCACUUCAUCAACCAGCCAUGGUACAUCGAUGCUGCCUUCACCAUUCUCAAACCCUUCUUAAAGGAGAAAACCAGGGAAAGGAUUUUGAUGCAUGGAAACAACAUGAAGAGUCUGCAUGACCAAAUCCACCCAGAGAUUCUCCCAUCAGAGUUUGGUGGGCAGAAGCCGCCAUACAACGUGCAGAGGUGGGGGCGGCUGCUACUGGGGGAGGACUUUGAGCUGAACAUAACAGAUGAUGCUUGUGAUCUCAAGGACCACCAUUCAACAAGAAAAGACACAAUGAAAAGAUCCCAGUCAGCAUAUCUUCCUGAGGAGCUGGGCAUAAAAGAGGAUAAAAUCUUCUCGAUUGAAUAGAUAAUUAUCUGUGAACACAUCUUCUACAUACAGCAAAUCUUAGUUCCAUUUGUGUAAGAUGGUGGACAGAUCAGAGAGUAUGUUCUUAUAUAAUCAAACUAAAUGAUCCAUAGUACAGAUGAAAAAAUGUUGGGCCUAAUGAGAAAUUUAUGGGCUUUGAGACAGCAUUGACCACUAGGAUAUUGAAUGCCUAAAACGAUAUCUGUCUACAUCAUUUUUUUCAUAUCUGGCAUGUAGUAUGCUAUCCAAAAUGAAAUUUUAGGACCAUGAUUUUCAUCAACGGUGAUUUUCAUUAUCGGUGAUUUCAAAAUUCAAUAGGACAAAAUUACCUGUCAAAGGUAUGAGAACCUCUCAGUUUUGAAGGAAGAAUGACAGUUCAAUCUUUCAAGAUCUUUUAGAAUCUUUUAAAAUUGAUGUUCUUCCUUUUUUGUUUAAGGACAACAAAUUUCUGGCACAGAUUGCAUUAACAUCUGUGUUGUGUUGGGAGGGUAUGUAAAAAGAAUACAAAAUGGUGUAUUCCAUAUCACCCUUAAGCUUGGUCCCAGCCCACACAUGGGUUGGAUCGGGCAUUGGACGUUCUGAUACUCUGUGACUGUGCAGGAUUCACCAUUUCUUCUUGUAUUCACAUUUCCUUGCAAACUGUGAUUUAAAUAAUGAUUGGUUAUUUGAAAGACAGUUAACCAGAUGGUAUUUCACUACAUGUACAUGUUGUAUGUCUGAAGGGUAAGGCUUACCGAUAUUUUCACAGCAAACCAUAUUCCUUUUUAUAGGAAGAUUUAGUGAGUGGAAGUUCCAAUAGAAGGCAUGUUAGUAUGCAUGUAUUAUCCGUCCAAGUUGACCUUGUUGAUAUACAUUGUAUGCUAGAGAGCAAACAAAGUUUCCAAGUUUUUAUUCACAUAUUGGAUGGGGAUUUAUAUAUUAGGGAAAGGCUCAUAUAACCUCCUUGAUUAGGGGAUGUAGGACUCAGUAACACAAGUCGUGGGAAUUUCUACUGCAGCAGUAUUUGACUGCAC